AUGGCUGCGCGGUGGUGCCUCGUGCUGCUCGUGUUGGUGCUGGCCGCGGCCGGCGCGGAGAAGGGGGAGUGGGACCCGGUGAUUCGGAUGCCUGGGGAGAAGGAGCCUGCAGGGUCGCACUCGCACAGCGGCGAGGGAUUUGAGGGGGAGGAGGAUGACGCCGUCGGACGAGGUGGGCAGUGCUCGUUGCCGGGUCCUCAGGCUACGGCAACUACAGGCACCAGGUGA